AUGGCCGACAUUGACCGCACCAUGACCCCUCUGCCCCCUCUCCCGCCCGCAGAGGCCAACGGAAGCGCUGCUCUCCCGGAGCUUGUCGCUAUCGACGCCACCCCUCCACUGGUCGCGACCACAAACACUUCGCCCGUCUUCGAGGCCCUCGUCUCGCCCGCCCUCGAGGCCGUUGACAAGUUGGACCUCUCCCAGCCCAUCUGGCGCAUGCCCGAGUGUUGGGGCCACCGCGGAGCUUCUGCGUCGUUCCCUGAGAACACUCGCAUGUCGUUCAUCGAGGCAUGCAAGGCCGGCGCUGACGGUAUCGAGACGGACAUCCACAUCACCGCCGACAAUGAGCUCGUCAUGUUCCACGACCCCGAGCUCAGUCGCACCACUGAUGGCACCGGCCGGAUCCACUCGCAGCCCUGGCACGGUGUCCUCGAGCACGUUCGCACUAUCAAGGCUCCUCACCAGCCGAUCCCUCGGUUCUCCGAGGUGCUCGACAUUCUGAUGCAGCCCGAGAACAUGCACGUCAAAGUCAACAUCGACUGCAAGGUCGAAAACGACCCGUCCAAGCUGUUCAAGCUUAUCCAGGCCGAACUUGCCCGCUUCCCUGGCUGGCAGACCGCUCUCGCUCCUCGUCUUGUCCUUGGUCUCUGGCACCCCAAGUUCAUCGCUCCCGCCUACGCGUACCUUCCCCUCCUCCGCCGCUACUGCAUCUCCAUGUCGAUCCCCCAGGUCCGCCAGUACUUUUUCGACCACUGCCACGGCUUCAGCGUGUGGUACUAUGCCCUCAACACGGCCGAAGGUGCCAAGUUCCGUGCCGACUGCGCUGCGGCCGGUAAGGAGAUUGCCACCUGGACCGUCAACGACCGCGACGACAUGCUCCAGUGUGCUCGCUGGGGCAUUGCCGCCGUCAUCUCGGACAAGCCCGAGCUCUGGCGCGAGGUCAAGCGCGAGGUCGCCGGUGCCCGCGGCGACGCGGGUGCCAUCGAGCGCGCCCUCCGCCCCAGCUACCAGAGCUACAUCCUCCCCUUCUUCAACAAGCAGAGCUACUGGUUUGAGCAGGACCGCAAGGCCCAGGAGGAGCUCUACUACCUCGAGCGCGAGGGUGGACCCUUUGGCGCCGUCACGCUCUACCCGCCUGUCGCCUAA